GCGAGUCGUCGUCGACGAGGCACCGUUUCAAAACCAAGCUGAACAAACAUUUUGAGCUUUAGAACGAACUUUCUUUGUGAUCGGUUGAAUAUGACUGCGGGAUGCACGACAUACACCCCCUUGUCUCUCAUAACGAGGCACUAAAGGUCUGGGUCCGAAUGUAAUGGCCACACUUUGGACAAGGUGGCUGCUGUCCAUCUUGCUGGCCACCCUGCCAAGUUGUUUUGCUCAAGAUCCUCCUGCUGCUCCCUCUCCUCCUGAGUGCUGUACCCCAUGUGGUGAGAAAAACAAUUGCGUGGAUAUCCACUGUUCGAAUCCCGGGCUGGACCCUCAGAUCCAGUACAGCCUGCACUGGGAGCAAGCAAAUAGCGAGGAGGGGCACUUGAUCAAUAGGUUUGCUCCGGGUUGGAUUAUCCCUCGUGAAAACUUCAGCCAUGGGGAGCUUCUUGUUUGGAUCCAGGCUAAAAACGAGUAUGGUUCUGCUGAAUCUAAGAAGGUUAUGCUCAAAACUGCAAAUAUCCUCAAGCUGCCCCCUCCUGAAGUUGCAUCAAAUCAGGAGGCAUUCGAAAUUUUCUGGAAUUUCACCUGUGAUGAGCAUCAGCGCUCAUAUUGUGAUGUUAGAUAUCGGACCAAGACAGAACAAGUCUGGAUUGAGGAUAAGGAUGUCUCUGGCGGCUAUACAAUCGAAAUCCCCCAGCCCUGCACUGUCUAUGAAUUACAAGUUCGUUGUUCCUGUGGCAUAGGCUUGAAGAGCGACUGGAGUGCAAGCCACAGAUUACGAAGCACAGAGACAGCCCCUGUAGGAGUGCUGGAUCUAUGGCAGGACUUCUGUGGCAUAACUCAGACUGGCUCUGACUGUGUUUUGACCUGGAAGAAACUUCCUCCUACUUGUGGUCUCAUUCUCGGAUACGAGGUCAAACUGUCUUACAACAACGGCACUCUGGAGUUUCUGAAUGUGUCUACAGCCGAGCCAAAGGGCUUAUUGGUGUGUGAGGAGAUACAAUGCCACCUUACGUCCUCUCUAAAGGAUUUAUCCUCAGUCUCAGUAUCGGCCUACAAUGCUCAGGGGGCCACAGAGCCGUCUAACCUCACUUUGCCAAUGCCAGGUAAAGAGAAAGCUUUUCACGUUGAGAUGAAUGCAGAGAACCUAACUGUAUCCUGGGAUUCAUCCUCUCAGCUCUCAGACAACCUGAAGGAAUAUGUGGUGCAAUACAAACAAAUAGGAAGUCCUCCAGGCCAAGGAUUUGAUUGGGUCAAAAGCCAAAGAACAGCAUUUUUUAAAGGUCAUUAUAAAAAGUACACCCCUUACCGAGUGUCACUGUUCACUUUAUCUCAUGGCAGUGAAGUCCAUCACAUUUCAUCCGUUACUCGAUAUUCGAUUGAAGGAUCCCCUUCCGCAGUGCCAGCAUUUAAUGUGUUCUCGAUUGCUGCCAAUCAAGUGACCUUGUCUUGGGAGUCUGGUCCUCUCUCCGAACAGAAAGGGGUGAUCCUGUACUACCAAAUAAUAGUAGACAGUGGAGUGCAAGGACAAUACGUUUACAAUGUGAGUGCAUCCCAAAAGCAUAAAUAUACAUUCAAGCUGGAGCAUCUCACUCCAGAACAGGAUUAUGAGGUGCGAAUAAGAGCCGUGACAGUAGCCGGGCCCGGAGAAAAUGCCACCUCAAAGUUCAAGACGAAUUCCCAUGAAGAUUUGGCCCACCGAAUAUCAACUAUAAUGAUUGGAGUCUCUGUUGUGGUUGUGAUAUGUGUCGUUAUUGCCUUAUACAGUAUUUUUGUGCGAGAGAGAAACGUGUGUCUUCCAAGUUUCUAUUACAAAGUGCCAGAUGCCCGUAACAGCAACAUUUUCAAAAACAAUCACCUGAUCAAUGACUCUUUGAGUUGGAUCUGCAUUGCCCUCUGUGAGCCACAUCCCAAGAUCUCUCUGUUGGAGGUUGUGGAAAUCCAAAGCAGGGUUUUUAAGUCCUCCCUGGAAAAAGCCUCCGACCCUGAAGGAUUAACAAGGCCAGUGAUUGGAGAUGAGUGCUCACAGAUGGACAGUCAAGACGAUAAGAGGGAGGAAGCUGUCCCAGAGGAGUGUCACAGGACAGACCAUAGAUAUGGUAGAGAAGAGUACAGCAAAAUGGUUGACUCAGAAGAAGAGAGGGACAAGGAGGAGAAGAAGGGGGAAGAUUGUUGGAGCUCAUCAGAGGAAGAUAAUUCAACUUCGGGCUAUGAAAAGCACUUUAUGCCAACUACUUUUGAAUUACUUACAGUUUGAUGUUUUCUCUGCAUUUGAAUGGAAUGCAUUUAUACAGCGCUUAGUGACCCCUUGAAGCUCAAAGUCAAAAUUCACCCAUUCACUCAGAGACAGAAGCUUCUGUGUCAGGUGCGACCUGCUCAGGGAGACUAACAUCGACACUUUUGGGAGCAAUUUUGGUUUAAGGGUCCUGCCGGGAACCAAACACCCUCUACAUUAGCUUAUCGACAUUCAUCUCAUAUUUUUUGUUUUUUAUUGAGUGUGCAGGAUAUGUUUAAUGUAGAAAUGUGAUUUAAGACCAUGGCUAUCUGGACAGGGUUCAGUAGCCUAUCUGCAGAGGUCAUUGGAGAUCUUCCAAAGCUUAUGACAGUCAACCAGUUCCUCUCUCCAACCUGACUUAUACAUUUUAAUAUUACUUAUUCAGCAAAUGGCAUUCACUUUCCUUACAUUUCUUUUUUGUAUUACUACUCAAAUGUAGGCCCUGAUUUUUGUGAGGAAGUCAAAACAACAUGUGGUCACAAACUGACAAUUUACUGGAUGUGCAGUAAAUACUAAUUUGCUUAUGAUCGACAGAUUAAUCCAGAAUGGACCAUAAAUAUAAAGUAAAUCAGGAAUUAUUUGUGAUAGCACCUUGCCAUAUACAUUAUCAUGUGUAUAAGUAUCUCAGGAAACUGUGAAAUGUAAGUACAUUUUUGUUAUGCAUAGUAUGUAUAGUAUGUACAUUUAAAAGGAAAAUCCAUCCUAAAACCUAAUUUUCAUUCAGGUGUCAGCCAAAGAAUGCUCUAUCCUUUGGCUGAGGAUGUUUUUGUUCAGUGUGAGUUCUGACCUCCAGAUAAACUUGUGAAUGUUUUACAUUUGUUCAUGUGUUAAUAUGCAAAAGAGAAAAGCCUGUAUAACCAAAGAAACAAAUCAAGAACUUUUGCUAUUUAAAUCGACUGAAAGUAAAUGUUAACCUGAUGUCUGGUGCUAUUUCAUGAUACAUUUCUAUUCAGGCUAUGUGUCCAAAUACGUGUCAGAUAGGGAAUUUGUCCACUUGAAUUCACAAGUGGAUAAACAGAGUUGAAGUAUUUUUAAGAUACAAUCUAGGAAAUCUCUGUUAUGACUGACUGGUUCAUUAUACUUUGGUAACAGUGUUAAAUGAGUGUUUAUGGGAUGCAUUGUUGUCAAGUAAUGUGCUAAACUAUUUCUGUGUGUUUACUAUGUCUUACAUUUUUGAUAGAUGCAUACGAAUUGUGUACAUUACAUUGAAGCAAUUAUGUCUUGUUAUUUGCAACAUGGAGAUUAUUAGCCCCUUGAGGGCUUUUUAAAGUGUUCUUAAACUCUCCUUAACAUUUCUUUGCACAUUUGGUAUUGCAUCUUAAUAUGUUUUGUAUGUGAAAAUAAAGAAACAGAAUGUAAAAAAAAACCUACUGUUUUUUAUUUAUUCAUAUACAAUUUCAACAAUAUUAGGAUCAAAGCAUAUACGAUUUUACAUUUUAUUAAUCGGUUGAAUGUUAAGGAGUUGUAGCCUAAUGAACACUUUAUUUCAUAUGCAUACAUUAUAAUAUUCCUUUAUUUCAUGAUAUAAAAAAACACCUACAACCUGUAAAUGAUUUCGUGAUUUAUAAUAAAGACAUUAUCUAUAA